AGGCUCCUUCCGCAGCGAAUACUCACCCAAGCAACGAGUCGACGCCACCGACUUUCAUUUUCCAAUUUGCCUCCUUCGCCUUAACGAUGCAGCUCUCCAAGUGCCUCGCUGGUCUCGCCCUUCUCGCGUCGGCCGCCGCCAAGGUCUCGCAGGUCCACGUCGGCCUCUCGUCCGAAGCCAUCGGCUGCAAGGACGGCGUCACGGUGACGUUUGCGAGUGACUCGGCGGCGCCUCUCGCCAUCAAGUACGGUGUUGGCAACACCGACAAGUCGGCGACGACGACCAUCAACCGGUACGAGAUCAAGGAAACCAAGUACUCGUACACGUCGCCCAACAUCCACUCGGCCAAGCUCUGCGACCUCCAGGCCAACGCCAAGUACUCGUACACCGUCGGCGACUACUCGGGCACCUUCAAGUCGAUUCCCGCGGCGUCCAAGCCCACGGUGCUCUCGGUUGUCGGUGACGUCGGCAUCGAGCACAUCCAAGACACGAUUUCGAACCUCGGCAGCGAUCUCAAGGGCACGACACCGGACGCCGUCAUCAUCGCUGGCGACUGGUCGUACGCCAACGGCUGCCACGAAGACUGGGACACAUGGCUUGAUGCGACGCAGCCGCUCUUCUCCAAGGUGCCUCUCCUCGGUAUCAGCGGCAACCACGAGGUCAUUGAGGGCGAUGGUGUCAUCUACACCCGCCCCGAGUGCAAGGCAGAAAUGUUCUCGGGCUACAUCAACCGCAUUGUGACGCCGAUCUCGGCCGAGUCCUCGAAAGACCACCGCACGUGGUACUCCAAGGACAUUGGCAACAUCCACGCCGUCUUCUUGGAUGAUUACACGGGUAUCCUUGGCGCUGACAACAUUGGCUCGGACUACUGGCUCACGCACCGCAACCAGCAGCUCGACUGGCUCAAGGCGGACCUCGCGAGUGUCAACCGCGAAAAGACGCCGUACCUUAUCGUCUUCAAGCACAACCCGUACUACAACUCGUGGGUGCGCCACCAGUGCCAGUGCUCGCCCGUCAAGUUUGAGAUCAACGAUGUCGAGGCGUGCUGGAAGGGCAACUACUACAUGAACUCGACGGCCACCGGCGGCAAGCUCGGCGACGUUCGCGACGAACCCCACUGCAGUCUCCAGGCCAAGUUUGAGGACCUCUACUACCAGUACGGCGUCGACGCGGUCAUGGCCGGUCACGUGCACUGCUACGAACGCACGGCGCCCAUUUACAAGAACAAGAUCACGCAGGGUGCCCCGGUGUACAUCACGGUCGGCACGGGCGGCCAUGGCCUCUACCAAGGCGCGAUCUCGCCGAUCCCCGAAUGGUCCAAGUCGAUGACGGACUCGUACUACGGUCACUCGCGUGUGAUUGCCGACGACGACAAGAUCACGAUCCACUUCCGUGCCAACGGCGAGACGACGACGCUCUUCGACUCGGUUGUGAUUCCGCGCCGCGCCAAGCCCGCGUGCUAAGCCGCAAUGCUGGAGCUAGGAGGGUUCUGUAUUUCGUGCUCGUAUCGACACUUUCAUUUUUACCUCGGCUAUAACGCUCCAUACAAAUGCA